ACAUCUCUGCAUGAGCCUUGAUCGUUUCCUUGGCUUCCUCGUUCCCGUAUCGCAGAUAACCGGCGGACCACGCGUGUCACAUCGUCCCAAUUCAUAUACCCAAUACAACACACCACCAUGAGCUCAGUGGACUUUUUCGCCCAGGACAAAAUCUGGUUUGAGAAACCUCGCUAUGAUGAGGCAGAGAGGCGCUUCUACGAGAAGCAACCUGGGCCUUCAGAAGAAACCCAGGAUGCAGGAGCUAACAGCAUUCUUCAGGACAUCGCAAGAGCGAGGGAAAACAUCCAGAAGUCUCUAGCAGGAAUGAAGACCACCCUCUGUAUCAGGGGGUCUGGUCAGCCUGCCCUGAACCAUCCAUCCCAGCUCACUACUGGCACGGGGGCCGGGGAUCAAGGGGAACUCGUAUCUCGCAUGAAGACUUUGGAACAGGAGAACCAGAGCCUGCACAAAGUUGUGGAGGACCUGAGGUCAGCCCUGUCCAAGCUGGAGAGUCGAGUGGCAGUUCUGGAGAAGUCUCCGGUUGCAGCUGCGUCGGCGCCCGCUGCCCCCUGCACAAACGGAACUGCAACCAAGCAACAGAAAAGCAGCGCGCCAGUAGACGAGGACGACGAUGACGAGGACGAUGACUUUGAUCUGUUUGGCAGCGACGAGGACGACACAGAAGCUGAGAAAAUCAAACAGCAGCGGGUGACAGAGUAUGCAGCAAGGAAGGCCAAGAAGCCCGCCCUCAUCGCAAAGUCAUCCAUUUUGUUGGACGUCAAGCCUUGGGACGACGACACGGACAUGGGGAAGCUGGAAGAGUGCGUGCGCUCGAUACAGGCAGACGGCCUGCUGUGGGGUGUGUCCAAGCUGGUCCCGGUGGGCUACGGCAUCCGGAAGCUGCAGAUCGCCUGCGUGGUGGAGGACGACAAGGUGGGGACGGAUUUGCUGGAGGAGGAGAUCACCAAGUUUGAGGACUACAUCCAGAGUGUUGAUAUUGCUGCUUUCAACAAGAUCUAAGUGCAGCAUGUGUUUCCUGUCUCCAGCCAUUCUCUCUGCUGAUUGUGAACGCUUCAUGUUCGGUUAAUAAUAAAGACUCUUGCACUUCAUCUCCCCUGUCCAAAGUGCAUUCUUAUUAAUGUUUUAUUUCUUGAUUUUUUUUUUGUUUUUGUUUUAUUGCAAAAUAUUUUUUUUUGCCUUUUGAUUUGAAUGUUCACAUGUCACCGUCAUUGAUAAAAACCUGGCAGUUGACUCUUGACAUCAACAUUAUCUUAAAAGGGUUACAAUUAGAGAUGGGAUUAGAGCAUUAACUGAAACUUAUACUAAUUUAUUACCAUGUCAACUUGGAAUAAAUUGUCAAAUUUGUUUGUUACUCAGCAACGGAGCAUAUUUAUUUAAAGCAUAUUGUGUUAAAUACGUAUUCAAUAAAAUAAACGAUGAAAUCAAUGCAAUGUUUUUCUGAAG